GAGCAUGCUUGGUAUCGAGGAAGAAACACGCCAUAUUGACUCCAGCUUAAAGAAAUAGGGCCGUAACAAUCCAUUGCCAUCCUCUACAAGCAGAGGAACAAUGGAUAGCCAAUACGGCGUAGAGGUUACUAAUAAGUUCGCUCUGAACAUAGACGACGACGAUGAUCCAUUUGAUAUCAUCCAGCAGCAAGAAGAGCUGAAAAAGAAGCUGGACACUCAGGACAAAACCAGCCAGAAAUCGAAGAAGGCCAAACAGGCCAAGAAAAAUGUCUUGCAACCUGAAAAUAAGAACAAACAGUCAGAACAAACUGUUCUGAAAAAGGAAGACAAAUCAAACAAUCAGUCACAGUCAAGACAGGACCGCCCGCCUCGCAGUGCAAGACAAAACCGAGAACCGAGAGAACCCCGAGGGGAUGAUGACCGACGGCCGAGAAGACGAGACGAUAAUGUCACUAAUGAAAACAGGAAUGACGGUGGCUUCCAGAGGUCGGAAGGUGGUGGCUUCAACCGACCCGACAGUGGUUUCGGUGGUGGUCGAGGUGGCUUUGGCGGCCGAGGGCGUGGCGGCAUGAGAGGUAGCCGAGGAGGAAGGGGUGGCUCCCGAGGUGGAAGUGGUGGCGGCGGCUUCGGUGGCGAGAGAAGCGACCGUGGGGACCGCAAACGGGAAUUCGAACGACACAGUGGCAGUGAUAGAACCAGUGGUGUGAAGGCUACAGAGAAGCGAGAGGGCAGUGGAUCACAUAACUGGGGUACCUUUAAGGACGACCUGGAGGAACAGACAAAGGAACCCACAACGGAAGAGACCAAGGAAUGGAACCCUACUGAAAAUGUUGAAAACCAUGAUCCAAAUGAGAGCACAGAAUCCACAGAGGCUCCUGUUGAGGACGAAGCCUCCAAGCAGUUAACGUUGGCUGAAUGGAAGGCCCUGCAGGAAAAAACCCGUGCGAAAUCCACAUUCAACAUCCGCAAAGCCGGAGAAGGAUGCGACAACUCCCAGUGGAAGAAGGGAACGGCUUACAAGAAGCAAGUUGAAGAUGAUGAUGAGGAGGACGACGAUGAAUAUGAAGAGGAGGAUGAACACAGAGCAAAGCAGGUAGUGACGGAUAUCCGUAUUACCUUCAACGACUCCCCACGGAGGGGUCGCGGGGGAAGGAGGCCAAGGGGUGGACGUGGAAGUCGUGGCGAUCGUGGAAUGGGACGUGGAGAGAGAAGAGGGGGUGGUGGCCCUCGGGAAUCCGCACCCAAAUUUGACGACGAGACAGAUUUCCCAAGCCUCGUCAAAGCCUGAAGUGGCAGCUCUUGGCUCCUGGAUAUGGAGAGGGCAUUCCCCUGAAAUUUUCAGUGUGUAAUUAAAUAAACUCCCAUCUCAUACUGGAUGACAUUUUGGAAUGAAAGCUAGCUGGUGGGCACAGCAUACCAUUUUUGGUUUCUGGAUACUUUUUCACUGAUGCAUCUUUGCAUAUGUUUUUAUAUGACAUUUGUUAAAGGUACUGUAUCAUGAUGAUUGCAUUUCUGUAUCGGGCGAGAUACUAAUCAUGGUUUACAAAUCUGCAUUGUAACAUACAAUCGUGAUUGCAUUUCCAAUUUUAUCGAGAAAGAAGAUUGCAUUUGAUGGAACUCAUUCAUCAACCUUGUAUAACCAAAAGGAAAGAAAGCAGGGACGGGAUCAGUGUUCAUUUGGAACACAAAUUAGUUGUGAUAGAUCAAUUACUUGUUGUUCGAAUACAUGUAUUUUCUAGUACCAAAUUUGUCUUGAUGUACUAUGUGCUGCAUAGAUAGUGCUUCAAGAUUAAUAUAUUUAUUCGUUCUGGAAACAUUUUAUGGAGCUGUACACCCCACUUUUCACAAGUCAAGCCAUUGGAGGAGUUGGGACUUGUGCUAAUGAACUCUUGUAUGGCAUUGUGAAAGUAUUCCUCUGUGCAAACCCAUUUUGACAUUAAUUUGAUGGGCGUGCAAGUUUGAUAUUAAAUGCAUUUUCAUCAGAUUGGAUCAUGAAGAAAUCACUAUAGUAUAACCCUCAGCUUGAAAUCUUAACUCUAAUGGCCGUUGAACCAGUCAUGUAUGAUGCAGCAAAUCAAGAUAUCAGUAUUCCAAGUCUAGUAAGAAAAAUUAAAAAGAUUAAAAAAUGCUGAUAGUUGUGAUUUGUGACCAAGCUUAAAUGGACAUCUGUAUAAUUUGAUUUGGCUGCAUCCGAUGAGAUUAAGAAAUGUAUCAGCCAUAUGGAAGGGCAUUUUAUUUGUAUGAAGGAUGGUAAUUUUGCCCCACACAUAUUUACUGCCUGCAUUUAUUUAUUUCCUACAUUUAUAGUUGUAGCAUUUUAAAAUUGCAACCACCAUCAUCUUUACAGAUUUGUGCCAAAGCCAUUUGACACUGAUCUGAAUCACUUCAUUCCUUGGGCCUCUUCAUUACAUGGGAGAUCAUUUUAUAAUAAAUUGCCUUCACAUAGGAUUAUUAUGCCUUGUUUUGACUUGUAAUGGAUACAAUUUCGGGUGGGCCUUUGAUCAAUGAAUAGUUUGGAUCUCAUCAUCAGAAUGUGACAUCAAAGACAUCAAAAUGUAGUUGUCAAAACUAUUUAACAAUUUAUAAUGAACUGUGUAGAAGAAUGUGUAUGGCUGUAGCAAAGCUUUGUCCGUCCAAUGAAUGGCUAAUACUAUUUAAUGGUCAUCAUUGAAAAAGCAUCCAAUUAGUUUCUGUAGGACUGGUGGGCCAUCAACUGAAGAUAAACAUAUUACUGCAUUAUUUGUAACCACCUAGGGACUUGACAUUUUUAAUUUUCACACAGACUUUUGUUUUGUACACCGCUUUUUUUGAUUGAACAUGUAUUCAACAAAGAUGAAUAUUUCCCAGUUGUUGAAAAUAUGUGCUACCUUCUAUAUAUAUAUUGUAUUGGUUAGUCUGAAUAGUCGACCAUAAUUAUCUUGUUUAUUCAAAAUUCAUUUUGCAUGAAAAUUAUUGGUUAUUUAUGUCAAUUUAUUGGAAAAGUUUCCUUUAUAAAAGAUAAUUCGCAGGAAUUUAAUGAAUACAUGUCUUCUAAAUUAGCAUGCAUGUUUAUUCUUGAGAGGAGUUGAAAGUCUAUCAUUUCUAUCGAAACUAUCCAUUAGUUUGACUGACCCGUACCAUGAAUGUCUGGUUGUUAGCAUGCCAGGUAAGAAUCCUAAGCUUUUUAAAUAUGUUUUGCUAUUAAAUCUUGAUUAAAUUCUCAAAUAA